AAUCUUUAUCUGUAAAUUGUAGGUACAAAGUAAAAUAUUAGUUGAUUGACGACACCAGUUGAAGAUGUGUAAUUUAAGGCAUAAAUAUUUCUAUUGAAUAUUUAUACUAAGGUUAUCAAGAUGGCUACGUAUUCUAAGUCAACUGUGGCUAGUGGCUCUGAUUCAUUUAGAGACUUUUGUUGUUUCCCCUGUUUAGAGAACAAAAUUGACCAGUGGGCUGACUUUUACUGCGAAAACUGUCAGAAAUUUUAUUGUGCAAAAUGCAUUAACCGUCAUGGUCAGUUGUUUGGGACACAUGUGACAUACGGAAGGGGAGACACAAGUAAGUGGCCAGUGGCCAAGGAAGUGGAGGAUUUCCUUCAGAAGUGUGACCUUCAUGAAGACAAACAUCUAGAAAUGUUUUGUGAGGACCACAGUCAGCUGUGCUGCACUAAUUGUGUAGACCAGGUAUUCAUUGUGCAAGGAAAGUCAGAGUAUAAUGUGAGCAUACCAAGUGAUUUAGAUAAGAACUGCUAUAUCAAUGACAUUUGUGUUCUCUCUGAGGAUCAGAUCCUUGUUGCAGAUUGUAAAAAUAAUAGAGUUAAGCUACUCAAUCAUCAAUACCAGGUGGUGGGUCAUUAUGAUUUUUAUGGUUAUCCACGGGACAUGUGUAAAAUCACACCAAGUGAAGUAGCUGUUACUGUGUAUCAGGGUGACUUACUUGAGGUCCAGUUUGUCUCUGUGAAUGGUGGGCAGCUGGUUAAGGGUAGAUGGAUGUUACAGUUUUAUCAUGAAUGUAUUGGUAUUGCUCAUGAUCUGCAAGACCUGUAUCUUACUUCUGGAACUGCACUUUACAAGUAUUCAAUGAAAGGAGAUCUGUUGAAAAAGUUGUAUGAAGAUACAUCAGACAAGUUAACAGUACUUAAGUGUGCAGUGAGUCCUUCAGGUGACAAGAUAUUUAUCACCAACAAUACCCAUCACAAGGUCCUCACCCUGGCCAGAGAUGGCACAGUUCUCCAAACCUUCACAGACCCAGACCUACAAAACCCAGCAGGUAUCCAUGUGACUGCUCUGGGACAGGUGCUGGUCUGUGGAACGUCAUCCAGCACUAUCAUUCAGCUGGAUGGGGAAGGCAAGAAGAAGCUGGCAACUCUUGCUACCAAGAGGGAUAGACUUGAUGAACCAAACUCAGUCUUCUACAAUAGGAGCACAGCAUUCAUCAUUUUGGGACAAUGGUCUAGCAUCCUUGUGUUAAGAGUAAAAUAGGUGUUUUGUCACAAGUUUCAGUACAAACAUUUUGGAACAUGUACUUAACAUGAAUUCUUGGCCACACCAAACUUGCAUUCAGUAUUACGUUUCAUCACAUAAUUCACAUGGAUGAUUUAUUGUCGUGCCUACUUAUGUCAAAUCAUGAAUAUGUUUGAAAAGGUACAUUUAUAAUUAACUUUGAGAGCAUGGAUCUAUUAUUUAGUGUUUUGUUUCAAUGCAUAAUUCUUGCGAGAUUAUAUAUUGUGUUUCAAUACAAUUUAAUAUGUGCUACCAUCUAUUGCUGAUAAUUAUUUUUCCUUUUCAAUCGCAUAUAAUCAGUGUAUUGUUGUUUUCUUGAUAUAUAUCUUAAAAAUGAAUAACAUGUACAUACAUGAUUUUUUUGUGUGGUUAUGUUCUAUAAUAUUUUUGUGUAAUUGUUAUGCACAGUAAAAAGAACGGCAGAGUGCAAUUAAGGAGGGAAGGUUUUACAUUUUCAUUGUAUUAUUGAAUAGUCACCAUGUGUUCUGUCCUUAAAAAUAUAAAGUUAUUUAGAUUGACAAUUAUGUAUUGUACAGACUUCUUUAAUUGUUGUUUUUAGAUUUUACUUUUGUUGAUUACAGUUAUAUAUGUAUUUACUAGUGUCAUUCAUGCUAUCUGCCUUUACUGUUCACUAUGUUUUGCUGAAUAAAUUAACUUUUAAUUAUGUUCA